UCACUUCCGGUGCGGCGGCGCAGCUUUCCCGGAGUUGGUGCUGGAGAGCGCUGAAUCUCGAGACGCCUGGCAGUGGUGCCUUGGGCCAUGGCCUCCGACCUGGGCUUCUCACCUCCCGAGGUGCCUGAGCCCACCUUCUUGGAGAACCUGCUGCGGUAUGGACUCUUCCUGGGAGCCAUCUUCCAGCUCAUCUGUGUCCUGGCCAUCAUUGUACCCAUUCCCAAGUCCCACGAGGCGGAGGCAGAGCAGUCUGAGCCCAGAAGUGCAGAGGUGCCGAAGAAGCCCAAGGCUGCCAUCCCUUCCACCACCAAGAGGCCGAAGAAGGAGACAAAGAAGAAGCGGUAGACCCAGAGGCCCGGGAGCCCAAGGCUGUAGCCCUCCUGGGAACCCGCAUCCUGUUUGCUCUCACAGAUUGUCUCUGUCCUUGGCUCAGGGUCUGAGAGGACUGAAACUCCCUCUGACGACAGAGCUCUGAACAGUCCCUAGGCUCCAGCUGUGCAGACCACCGCCUUGCCUCCGCUUCCUUCUCUCUGUGGUGCACAAGAGAUUCCCGAGAGCAAAUACUGCCCCGAGGGUUCCAUAGUCAGGUCAGGCUCACAGAGCAAAGUAUUCACAUUAAUCCUGGAGUCCAGUGGGCUCGAGACCUGAGCCUCACUACAGCGGGGGAAUUGUUGCCCAAGGCUGCAGACACACCCUCUCCCAUUGCUUGGGCCACUUUUGUCUUUUGUGCACACAGAACUUCACACAUGUUCAAGUCUGGAUGCAUGGCUGUGCAGUCUGAGCCAGCCACUUCAGCAGCCAGGUCCUGAAGAUGUUGGGGGUUGGGGGGUGAGGGGGGCGGACUGUAGAAGGCCUGGGCCCAGUGGCGCCUCCAGGGGAAGGUGCAGCUGAAUGAGGCCAGAUUUCCUAGGCACAGACUGUAAGCCUUUGAAGCAGGCUUGUCCCUUUCACACCAACCUCCUUCUAACCCAGUUACCAUUCAAAGUGCCUUUGACUUCAACCAGUCCUCCCCACAUCUCGCAUUCCCUAACCAGUGAAGGAAAAUGAUGUGGAGAAGUCAAAGCAAAUAAAGUGUCCUGCAUGCUGA